GUUAUUGACCUCGUAAGUUGAAUCAAGCAAAAGCAAAAACGUUGCGGUCUCUCGUCCAUUUACCGCGUGGGGUCGGGAUGUCCAGUGRCCUGACUGACCCRAUAACUCCAACAUUAUCAYGAGAUCCGCUCCCCGUUACCGGGAGACGGAGCAACAUGACGGCACAUCACGAAAAGACAACGUCGCACGUCACAUCGAUUUUAAACUAUAUAAACUCAUACGGACAGAAGGCCAGAUCUUCAUGUUCAAGUCAACGCAGUAAAAUUUCUUCACUCAUCUYCAAAAAUUGUCACGCASUCCAAAUUGAUGCGAUGACAUCACCAAAACCGAUCACCGUUCUUCGUUGCAAUUUGUACAGCAGGUGCUCACAACURUAGUCUAAGAAGAUAAGAAGGGUUUGGAUACAGUGCCGAUCGAAAUACUGGAAAACUCUCUGAGAUACGAAAUUGGAUCAGCUGGGAGACUAUGGAAAUUUUUAUUGCCGUKCUUGCGCUUACUGCGUUGUCUCUGUCGGACGGAUUUCACAUUUCUUCGUCAACGCGGUCGACCGGGAGCAACGUCGGGAGUUUUCCCCGAUCAUUACAAGAACACAACACAAUAAAGAAGCGACAAAACGGAGUUCGACUCUAUGUUGGUGGAAACGAUGACGAAUUGAACAAGGGCGCGGGAAUGGAAGAUGCCUUUCGAGAACUCGAGGCCCUUCAAUCCCUGGGAGAUGAAGACRAUCCGGAGCGACCCACGAGCAAACCGAAAGAAAAGGACGCGGCGUUUGCAAAAGCGAUCGAUGAAUUGAACCUGAAGGACAUCCUUUCGCAGGYCGAUGCCGAGUCGUCGGKGGAAUCCCCCUCUCCCCAAUCCGAGGUCGAACUCUAUAAGGACAUGGCAUCGGAACUCGACGUGGCGGACUCCCAGGAAGACCUGAUCGCCGCCGACUUUAAGACCGACCUGGAGAUGGCGGAUAGCAGCGAUGACGAAGGGUUGCCAACCAUCGACACGGAAAAAUUUAUGGACAAGGCUAUCAAGGAGGCCAUCCAAGAAGCGAAGCAACAAAACCAAAACGUUGACAUAGCAGACGCCAAAGAAUCAUUCUUGGACAACCAAGAAAUCAUGUCGGAGAUCGAGAAGAUUUUUGACAAGGCCAACGAKGACUUGUUGAAGGAACUAGACGAAAUUCGCGCGGAACAGGUAGGUUUUGAMUUGUGAUUGGAAUGAUCUCUCGAAAUCUCCCUAAUGCAACACUUUUGAACCCGGCCAGUCCCCGUCGACUGGGUGACGACGAACAAGAAGUUUUUUUAUCGAUCCCUUGCGGCCUGCUUUGCAGAAUGCGUUCGGGAUGCAUUCUAGUCUAAUCUUUAGGGUCUUUACCUCAUACUGAAUGCAAUUCUUGUUGCUGUAUUCAAACGAACGUUUUUCUAUUAGGCAUCGCUUGCCAAGGAACAGGCCGAACGGAAUUCCAAAGCAAGUCUCGAAAAGACCGAAGAAUACAAACAGCGGAUGGAGGUUGCCCAGGGAAACAUGAAAAAAAUGCUGGAAARAGUCAAUGCGGAAACCAAGAACGUGGAAGAUGCCAUCGAGGACCUGAAACGCGCACAGGCUGAGUCCGAGGGGGGAAUCGAUAGCCAACUCGUUGAUUUGAAGAGCGGUGGGUUGGUCAAGCAGGCCGCUUUGACGGGAGCACUCCUGUUUACGUUUCGAGGUGGAGUGGAAACGAUUGCAUUCCUCGGUGGUGAUCCAUCCCAUGCCCUGCCGGCACUGAUCCAGGGUGCUAUCGCUAUUGCUUGCAUCGUGGGUUUUGUUUUCCUCUAGCUACGGCGGCAUCUGCCCAGCGGUUGAUAUUGAUCGGAAACAAGUAAUAAAAAGCGCAACAGUCAAUAUAUAGGUCAGAACGUG